AUGUUGUUUGAUACACAUAAGCCCAUCAUUGAUCGAUUUGGAAGGUACCCAUAUCGGAAUGGCACCCUUGCGCGGGCGUCUACGCCCGAGGAGGUGGAAUGGCUGGAGCAGGUUGGUCAUUAUGGGGAGACGCCGUCUGAGGUUGCGAGACAGGUGAAGAGGGAUGUUGAGAGGGGCAUCUGGCAGCCACUAGGUGAAGGCAAGAUUGAGGACGAGUGA